CUGAGCCCGGCCGUGUGACCCGCGCGUGUCCCCCACCCGUUCGCCCCGCUGCAGGUCCGGCCCCGACCAUGAAGCUCCAGCCGCUGGUGUGCGCGGGGAUCCUGCUGCUCGCCCUGCUGCCCUGCCACGAGUGCCGAGCGCUCAGCAAGAGCCCGGGAGCCGCCCGCGGGGCUCUGCAGCAGCCCGAUUUCUACCCGCAGCAGCAGCAGCAGCAGCAGCAGCAAACUCUGCCCGUCCUGCUCCGCAUGGGAGAGGAGUACUUCCUGCGCCUGGGCCACCUCACCAAGCGCCCCGCCGGCCCUUUCUCCGCCUCCUCCGGCGGCCACCUCCGGCCCGAAGCCUCUGCCGAGUUGUUGCGGGCGGCCGCGGCGCAGCUGCAGCGGUCGGGGAGCCCCGAGGGGGAUGAAGGAGCGGAGGAGGCGGUGGAGAGAGAGAAGCGCUCCGAGGAGCCGCCCAUCUCCCUGGACCUGACUUUCCACCUGCUGCGGGAGGUGCUGGAGAUGGCCCGCGCCGAGCAGCUGGCGCAGCAAGCCCACAGCAACAGGAAACUGAUGGAAAUCAUCGGGAAGUGAGGCGGCCCCCCCCCGCGCCUUGCCAAAGGGACCCCGCGGUCAGCACCAGAGCCAUCACACCGCCCGACGUACCAUAGUGCUGCUCUGAUGUCAUCUCUUUAUUUUUAUAGAGCUUCGAACCCCGAAGGGCGCGCUCCGAGCCGCCGCCCCCCCUCAGCAUGC